AUGGAAAAUUCGAAGUGGGCUGACAAAUUUACUCCCGAAGAAGUACAACUAGCAUUAAAACGUGUUAUACUUAAGGAAGCUGUUGGACUUGAUGAAGUAUACCCGGAGUUUAUAAAACAUUUUGGGCCCAAGACAAUUGUAUGGUUCUCUCACUUCUUCUCCGAUGUUCUCUAUACGGAAAAACUACCGAUACUCUUCAAACAUACAAAAAUUUUAGCAGUCUUAAAGCCAGGAAAACCAAAAAACGAUGUGAACAGCUAUAGACCUAUAUCUCUACUAAGCGUACGCUACUAAUUACUAGAAAGAUUGAUCUACAAUCACAUUGCUAGUACCAUUGACGAUAUUACAAUAAAACAUUAGACUUUAAACUUUAAACUCGCAUAUACACUGUGUUCCCAAAAAAUUGUACUUUCAUCCAUUACCAUCACAAUUUAAAUACCUACCUAUUUCUGUAAUCAUGGAAGACAAAAUUGAUAUACUGAUCAAGUCUGUUCAAAACGACUCAAAAUAAGAUGGUCAGUAUGAUAAACUCUCAAUCCGAAAAAUUAACUGUUCUUACUACUAAAUUAAACGAUCUGACCUCCAAAUUAAAAUCUUUAUCUACAGAUCACAAUUCCCUAAAACUUAGAGUUUCGGCUACUGAAGAUAAGGGAAUCAAGACUAGCUCGAACAAUAUUUCUUCUACCAACGCAUUGUUAUCUGAAAUGUUAGACAGGCAGCAUCGUCAAAAAAAUAUAUUAUUAUUUAAUCUCAUGGAAUCUAACUCAACUUCCAACGAACAGAAUGAUGAUUUAUCCUAA